CAACUCUCGGGUUGCUUGGAACAACCGUCGAGGCUUCAAUGGAUUGCCCAAUCAUGUUUAUUUUAUGACUUAGGUGGGAGAAACGGUUUCGGUCUGAGUUUUACCAUGCCGAACGAUCAAACUCAAUGUACUACCAUAAUAUAACAGGUAUCCAGAAGCUCGAGAGCAAGUUCGGGGCAUUUCUAAGGAUAUACCAGCUUCGAAUUGUACGGGUCUUCAAACGCAAUUAAUAAAGACAAGAUGUCGGGCUCAUACAAGCGGUUACCGGAGAGAAAAAUACGGAUGAUCGAGACCUGGAGAACCGAAGUCAAGUCGAAUCAGAAUUAUUGCACGUGCUCUAGACUCAGCUUAGGUUCAUCUAAAGGCGCAAAUGAGGUGUCAGGAUCUACAUCGAUUACAGCCGUGGGUAUAGAUAGCAGACCACCAUCAUCGCAUCAGUCUAAUUCUACAUGUCCUGUCACGUUUUCGCCAAUGGACACUACAGAGCCAAUGCUUUCGGACAAACCAACAUGUCCUGUUUGUCAGUUGCUGGUCGAUCAAGACAUAUCGUUAAAGAAGCUUAGGGAGCAUGGGGAGACGGGUCUCGUACGCAAGGGAAGCCCGCGGUCUUCAGCCAGCUUGCUCAAGCUGGAACAGUAUAUAUUGUUCCGUGAGCAGAAAACCGCCGAAAUACUGAAGAAUCCGGGCAUCAAAGGACAAUUCUUAAGCCCGUUUAUAAAACUCAAAGGUUUAGGGCUGAAGGCCGUAGCCACCUCAAGAACAUUGAAGGUCAAGGUCAAGCGCAGUUUAAGGUCUCUUAAAACAAAGAAGUCCUCGCCGCCGAGCGAUAACGUUGGCGUUCGAGAUAACCGCCCCCGCGCCACGGAAAUAUACGCCCAGUACAGGCUGGAUGCCUCGUCCGCAGGGUCAGUUGAGACCCUGGCGGGAUUGAGUGAUGAUGAGCGUAGAAGGCCUGAGCUAACUAUUGAUGAAUCUGCAGCUCGUCUUCGAAGAGCUGCCCGCCUGCUGGACCGCGCAAGUGCCCAUAUUGCGAUCGAAAACACGAAUGAUGCGCCGAGAAUUUAGUCCGAUUAGAGGUUAUACAGAAGGGUUAGUGGUGCCACGGGAAAGAGUAGAUUCGAUGUUUAUUUUAAGGAUAUACCAAGCGUUCUUUCUUAAAGCGCUGGUUUUACGGGAUAUAAUGAUUAUAAUAGCAUUGGCUAUCCCUAUAUAAGUGAGCGGUAGAGGCGUUAGAGAGGAUGGCCGGAUUUGGGAUAGGGAUAGGGAUACAGCGGGAUUUGAAUUUAAUAAUAGGAAUACCCAUUAGUAUUAAGAGUCGAGUCCUGGUUUAUCAGAUUGGGACAGGAGCACAUGUAGAUUACUCUGGCUGUUAAUGUUUAGUCGACUACCCUACCUACUAUAUUGUAUGUAAAGGACCCCCCCCCCCCCAUUGACUAACUUAAAGCUCGAAUUAUAAUUCACUGUCCAGAGGUAUAUAUAAAGCUACUUAGUUGGAUGCUUAACGAGGCAGAGAAUGAAAUAGGUAGAACAGCGCAGGCCUCAGAUUUAAUAAUUGAGAUCAUUUCCAUGAUGGAUAUCCCUCUUCCUAUCAUAUGUUUUAUUGGAGUAUCA